AUGCCCAGCGUUACGAUUCCCGCCAGGACGGGCGCCUAUGUCAGCCUCACAACAGGGGAAAGGCUUAAGUUGAUCAACCAGCAUGGCAACCAAGUCAUUGAUUUCUGGGCCUUCGUCUUCCCAGCUGAUGAUACCAGUGGCAAUAUUCCUACAAGUUUCAUUCGCUCGACAGAGGCAAACGCCCAGGAGACCGAAGCAAAUCUACCUUUCCCAUACACUAAAGGCGUGCAGUACAUGUCUGCUUCCCGCACACGCUCAGUUUUAUCCAAACUUAUUCCUUCAGCCCAUAUGCAGGAUGCUUUGUACACCAAUAAAUCUCUUCCACUAUUCACUCUGGUAGAGGACACAACAUCCGGUGUCCACGAUACGUUGUUCGGUUGUUGCGACCGGUUUCGAUAUCAUAGCCUUGGUAUUCCUGACUACGAGCACCCAAGCUGUGCGGAGAACAUGCAUCUUGCACUUCGGGACGCAGCAGCCGCAGGAGUAUUCCGUCCGGGAACUAUAUCCUCGGAGUGGACCCCCGAUCCCUUGAACGUCUUCAUGAAUGUCCCUAUAACUACCGCGUUGGAUCGCGAAUCUGGCGGGGGCCGGAUUGAAUGUGUGAAUCCGGAAAGUAGGCCCGGAGAGUAUCUCGUCCUCAGGGCGGAAAUGAAUUGCGUGGCUGUGAUGAGUGCAUGCCCAAACGACAAAAUACCGGGGGUCAACGCCGGGAGCUGCACCGAAGUCGAAUACGAGGUCCUCUCUCCAGGAGGCACUUGA